GGGCAGCAGGAAGGCAGGCCGCCGGGCCCCCAGGACUCAUUGCCCAGGGCCCCAUCCCUGGGUGCCCCCGUGGCCGCCGGUUCCAGCGUUCCCCCAGCCCAGUUCGCAGAAGCCAUGCAGAAAGCCCGGGGCACGCGAGGCGAGGACGCGGGCACGAGGGCACCCCCCAGCCCCGGAGUGCCCCCGAAGAGGGCCAAGGUGGGGGCCGGCGGAGGGGCCCCAGCGGCAGGGGCUGUGGCCGGAGCGCCGGUCUUCCUGCGGCCCUUGAAGAAUGCAGCGGUGUGUGCGGGCAGCUCCGUGCGCUGCCUGUGGCUGCGGAGCUGCGGGGCCCGGGACGCCGGCGUGUACAGCUGCAGGGCCCAGAACGAGCGGGGCCGGGCCUCCUGUGAGGCUGUUCUCACAGUGCUGGAGGUCGGAGGUGCCUUGCUUCUCAGCUGCACUGGCCAGGAAGUGCAGAUCAGGAGGAAAGUGCAGGGAAAUGGGUGUCAAGAGCCCCCACCCCAAAGACCCCUCGCCUUGCGAAUGACCUACGCACCCCCAGUGGGCGCUGCACCCCGCAGCGAGUUGGGACUGCCUGGCACAGGGUCCGUGUGCGCAUGUUUGUGGAGUGAGCAAGUCGAGAUGCUGCUGACCUUCCAGAGCAGCCGGAAAACCGGCCAUUCCCGCCGGGCCUUUGGCCGACUCACCCAUGGGUUCCCUGCACUGGGCACAUCCCAGGUGUCUCCCCCUCCUCACCCAACCCUGCAGGGCAUUUCUGGUCGCUGGGUACCCUCACACCCCUCUAUCCCGCCUACCCUCCACGCCCUACCCCACAAACGCUCUGAUAACAGUCUGUCCAUGUCUCUCUCCUGCUGCUCCUAUGGAAGCGAAGUUUUCCGCUCCUGCAGAAAGCAAAGUUACGACUCGGAGACUGCUGAGGAUGACAUCAGCGAUGUGCAGGGGACCCAGCGCCUGGAGCUUCGGGAUGACGGGGCCUUCAGCACCCCCACGGGGGGCUCUGACACCCUCGUGGGCACCUCGCUGGACACACCCCCAACCUCCGUGACAGGCACCUCGGAGGAGCAAGUGAGCUGGUGGGGCAGCGGGCAGACGGUCCUGGAGCAGGAAGCGGGCAGUGGGGGUGGCACCCGCCGCCUCCCGGGCAGCCCAAGGCAAGCACAGGCAACCGGGGCCGGGCCACGGCACCUGGGGGUGGAGCCGCUGGUGCGGGCAUCUCGAGCUAAUCUGGUGGGCGCAAGCUGGGGGUCAGAGGAUAGCCUUUCGGUGGCCAGUGACCUGUACGGCAGCGCGUUCAGCCUGUACAGAGGACGGGCGCUCUCGAUCCACGUCAGCGUCCCUCAGAGCGGAUUGCGCAGGGAGGAGCCUGACCUGCAGCCUCAGCUGGCCAGCGAAGCCCCACGGCGCCCGGCCGCGCCGCCUCCCUCCAAAUCUGCACUGCUCCCUCCGCCGUCCCCUCGGGUGGGCAAGCGGUCUCCACCGGGACCCAGCACCCAGCCCCCUGCCACUCCCACGUCGCCUCACCGGCGCACUCAGGAGCCCGUGCUGGCGCUGCCCGAGGACACUGCCGCCGAGGAGAAGCGAGGGAAAAAAUCCAAGUCGUCGGGGCCCUCGCUGGCGGGCACGGCGGAGUCCCGGCCUCAGACGCCACUGAGCGAGGCCUCGGGCCGCCUGUCGGCGCUGGGCCGUUCGCCGAGGCUGGUGCGCGCCGGCUCCCGCAUCCUGGAUAAGCUACAGUUCUUCGAGGAGCGACGGCGCAGCCUGGAGCGCAGCGAUUCGCCGCCGGCACCCCUGAGGCCCUGGGUGCCCCUGCGCAAGGCCCGCUCACUGGAGCAGCCCAAGUCGGAGGGCGGUGCGCCAUGGGGCACGCCUGGGGCCUCGCAGGAGGAGCUGCGGGCGGCGCCGGGCAGUGUGGCCGAGCGACGCCGCUUGUUCCAGCAGAAGGCGGCCUCGCUGGACGAGCGCACGAGGCAGCGCAGUCCGGCCUCGGACCUCGAGCUGCGCUUCGCCCAGGAGCUGGGCCGCAUCCGUCGCUCCACGUCACGGGAGGAGCUGGUGCGCUCGCACGAGUCCCUGCGCGCCACGCUGCAGCGCGCCCCAUCUCCUCGAGAGCCGGGCGAGCCUCCACUCUUCUCCCGGCCCUCGACCCCCAAGACCCCUCGGGCUGUGAGCCCCACCGCCGCGCAACCACCCGCUCCCAGUGUCGUGGGGAGGCCUGGGGACGAGCCGGGGAGGCCCCGGAGCCGCGGGCCUGGGGGCAGGACGGAGCUGGGGGAAGGCCCGCAGCAAGAAGUUAGGCGUCGGGACCAGUUCCCGCUGACCAGGGGCAGAACCAUCCAGGAGUGCAGGAGUCCUGUGCCGCCCCCUGCUGCCGAUCCCCCCGAGACCAGGACCAAAGCCCCAUCUAGUCGGAAGCGGGAGCCUCCGGCGCAAGCUGUGCGUUUCUUGCCCUGGGCCACACCGGGCCAGGAGGGCGCUGCUGUACCUCAGACCUUGGAGAAGAACAGGGCGGGGCCUGAGGCCGAGAAGAGGCUGCGCCGAGGGUCAGAGGAGGACGGUCCUUGGGGGCCCUGGGACCACCGAGGGGCCCGCAGCCAGGGCAAAGGUCGUCGGGCUCGGCCCACCUCCCCUGAGCUCGAGUCUUCAGAUGACUCCUACGUAUCAGCUGGGGAAGAGCCCCUGGAGGCUCCUGUGUUUGAGAUCCCCCUGCAGAAUGUGGUAGUGGCACCAGGGGUCGACGUGCUGCUCAAGUGCAUCGUCACCGCUAACCCCCUGCCCCAAGUGUCCGGGCACAAGGAUGGGUCAGCGCUACACAGCGAGGGCCGCCUCCUUAUCCGGGCCGAGGGCGAGCGGCACACCCUGCUGCUCAGGGAGGCCCGGGCAGCUGACGCCGGGAGCUACACAGUCACUGCCACCAACAAGCUGGGCCAGGCCAGCUGCGCCGCCACACUGGCCGUGAGACCUGGUGGAUCCACGUCCCCUUUCAGCAGCCCCAUCACCUCCGAUGAAGAGUACCUGAGUCCCCCAGAGGAGUUCCCAGAGCCUGGGGAGACCUGGCCCCGAACCCCCACCAUGAAGCUCAGUCCCAGCCAGAGUCGCUGUUCUCCAGACGCAAGCUCCAAAGCACCGCCCUCCUUCAAGGUGUCGCUCAUGGACCAGUCAGUACGAGAAGGCCAGGAUGUCAUCAUGAGCAUCCGUGUGCAAGGGGAGCCCAAGCCCGUGGUCUCCUGGCUGCGGAACCGCCAGCCCGUGCGCCCAGACCAACGGCGCUUCGCCGAGGAGGCAGAGGGCGGGCUGUGCCGGCUGCGGAUCCUGGCUGCCGAGCGGGGUGACGCUGGCUUCUACACCUGCAAAGCUGUCAACGAGUAUGGCGCUCGGCAGUGCGAGGCCCGCCUGGAGGUCCGAGCACACCCUGAAAGCCGGUCCCUAGCCGUGCUGGCCCCCCUGCAGGACGUGGACGUGGGGGCCGGGGAGAUGGCGCUGUUUGAGUGCCUGGUGGCAGGUCCUGCUGACGUGGAGGUGGACUGGCUGUGCCGCGGCCGCCUGCUGCAGCCCGCACUGCUCAAAUGCAAGAUGCAUUUCGAUGGCCGGAAAUGCAAGCUGCUGCUCACCUCUGUGCAUGAGGACGACAGUGGCGUCUAUACCUGCAAGCUCAGCACGGCCAAAGACGAGCUGACCUGCAGCGCCCGGCUGACCGUGCGGCCGUCGCUGGCGCCACUGUUCACGCGACUGCUGGAAGACAUGGAGGUAUUGGAGGGCCGCACUGCCCGCUUCGACUGCAAGAUCAGUGGCACCCCACCUCCCACCGUUACCUGGACUCAUUUUGGCCGCACUGUGGAGGAGAAUGAGAACCUGCGGCUGCAGCAGGACGGGGGCCUGCACUCGCUGCACAUUGCUCACGUGGGCAGCGAGGACGAGGGGCUGUAUGCUGUCAGUGCCACCAACACCCACGGCCAGGCCCAUUGCUCAGCACAACUCUACGUGGAGGAGCCUCGGUCAGCCGCCUCAGGCCCCAGCUCGAAGCUGGAGAAGAUGCCAUCUAUCCCCGAGGAGCCAGAGCAGGGUGAGCUGGAGCGUCUGUCCAUUCCUGACUUCCUGCGACCACUACAAGACCUAGAGGUGGGACUGGGCAAAGAGGCCAUGCUGGAGUGCCAGGUGACCGGCCUGCCCUAUCCCACCAUCAGCUGGUUCCACAACGGCCACCGCAUCCAAAGCAGCGACGACCGACGCAUGACCCAGUACAGGGAUGUCCAUCGCUUGGUGUUUCCUGCCGUGGGACCUCAGCACGCCGGGGUCUACAAGAGCGUCAUCGCCAACAAGCUGGGCAAAGCUGCCUGCUACGCACACCUGUAUGUCUCAGAUGUGGUUCCAGGCCCCCCCGAUGGCGCCCCGCAGGUGGUGGCUGUGACUGGGAGGAUGAUCACGCUCUCAUGGAACCCCCCCAGGAGUCUGGACAUGGCUAUCGACCCAGACUCCCUGACGUACACGGUGCAGCACCAGGUGCUGGGCUCAGACCAGUGGACGGCGCUAGGCGCCACAGGCCUGCGGGAGCCAGGCUGGGCUGCCACAGGGCUGCGGAAGGGGCUCCAGCACAUCUUCCGGGUCCUCAGCACCACCGUGAAGAGCAGCAGCAAGCCCUCGCCCCCCUCGGAGCCUGUGCAGCUGCUGGAGCAUGGUCCUCCCCUGGAGGAGGCCCCUGCUGUGCUGGACAAGCCGGACAUGGUGUAUGUGGUAGAGGGACAACCUGCCAGUGUCACUGUCACCUUCAACCAUGUGGAAGCCCAGGUCGUCUGGAGAAGCUGCCGAGGGGCCCUCCUAGAGGCACGGGCAGGUGUGUAUGAGCUGAGCCAGCCAGAUGACGACCAGUACUGUCUGCGGAUCUGCCGGGUGAGCCGCCGGGAUGUGGGGCCCCUCACCUGCACUGCCCGCAACCGCCAUGGUACCCAGGCCUGCUCAGUCACCCUGGAGCUGGCAGAGGCCCCUCGGUUUGAGUCCAUCAUGGAGGAUGUGGAGGUGGGGGCUGGGGAAACCGCUCGCUUUGCUGUGGUGGUUGAGGGGAAACCACUGCCAGACAUCAUGUGGUACAAGAACGAGGUACUGCUGGCCGAGAGCAGUCAUGUGAGCUUCGUGUAUGAGGAGAAUGAGUGCUCCCUGGUGGUGCUCAGCACAGGGGUCCAGGAUGGAGGUGUCUACACCUGCACUGCCCGGAACCUAGCAGGCGAAGUCUCCUGCAAAGCAGAGUUGGCUGUCCGCUCAGCUCAGACAGCUAUGGAGGUUGAAGGGGUCGGGGAAGGUGAGGAGCAUCGAGGAAGGAGACUCAGCGACUUUUAUGACAUCCACCAGGAGAUUGGCAGGGGUGCCUUCUCCUACCUGCGGCGUGUGGUGGAACGUAGCUCUGGCCUGGAGUUUGCAGCCAAGUUCAUCCCCAGCCAGGCCAAGCCAAAGGCAUCGGCAUGGCGGGAGGCCCGGCUGCUGGCUCGACUCCAGCACGACUGCAUCCUCUACUUCCAUGAGGCCUUCGAGAGGCGCCGGGGGCUGGUCAUUGUCACCGAGCUCUGUACAGAGGAGCUGCUGGAGCGGAUGGCCCGGAAGCCCACCGUGUGUGAGUCUGAGAUCCGGACCUAUAUGCGGCAGGUGCUGGAGGGAAUCUGCUACCUGCACCAGAGCCGUGUGCUCCACCUGGAUGUCAAGCCGGAGAACCUGCUGGUGUGGGACGGUGCCGAGGGCGAAGAGCAGGUGCGGCUCUGUGACUUCGGGAACGCCCAGGAGCUGACUCCAGGAGAGCCCCAGUACUGCCAGUAUGGCACACCGGAGUUCGUGGCACCCGAGAUCGUCAACCAGAGCCCCGUGUCUGGAGUCACUGACAUCUGGCCUGUGGGUGUUGUCGCCUUCCUCUGUCUGACGGGAAUCUCACCGUUUGUUGGGGAAAACGACCGCACGACAUUGAUGAACAUCCGCAACUACAACGUGGCCUUCGAGGAGACCACGUUCCUGAGCCUGAGUAGGGAGGCCCGGGGCUUCCUCAUCAAAGUGCUGGUGCGGGACCAGCAGAGACCUACUGCAGAGGAGACCCUGGAACAUCCUUGGUUCAAAACACAGGCAAAGGGAGCGGAGGUGAGCACGGAUCACCUGAAGCUGUUCCUCUCCCGGCGGAGGUGGCAGCGUUCCCAGAUCAGCUACAAGUGCCACCUGGUGCUGCGCCCCAUCCCGGAGCUGCUGCGGGCACCCCCGGAGCGGGUGUGGGUGGCCAUGCCCAGAAGACCACUCCCCAGUGGAGAGCUCUCCUCCUCCUCUGACUCAGAGGAGGAGGAGCUGGAAGAGCUGCCCUUAGUGCCCCGGCCUCUACAGCCCGAGUUCUCGGGCUCUCGGGUUUCCCUCACUGACAUUCCCACUGAGGAGGAGGCCCUGGGGACCCCAGAGGCUGGGUCUGCCACCCCCAUGGACUGGCAGGAGCAGGGAAGGGCUUCCUCUCAGGACCAGGAAACCCCCAGCGCUCAGGCCCUCUCCUCCCCAGGCCAGGAGCUCCCAGCUGGGCCCUGUUCCAGGCGGGGAGAGCUCCGUAGGGGCAGCUCAGCUGAGAGCGCCCUACCCCGGGCCGGGCCGCGGGAACCGGGCCGGGGCCUGCACAAGGCGGCAUCUGUGGAGCUUCCGCAGCGCCGGAGCCCCAGCCCGGGUGCCACCCGCCUGGCCCGGGGAGGCCUGGGUGAGGGUGAGUACGCCCAGAGGCUGCAGGCCCUGCGCCAGCGGCUACUGCGGGGAGGCCCUGAGGACGGCAAGGUCAGCGGCCUCAGGGGCCCCCUGCUAGAGAGCCUGGGGGGCCGUGCCCGAGACCCCCGCCUGGCACGGGCUGCCUCCAGUGAGGCAGCACCCCACCAUCAGCCUCCACCGGAGACUCGAGGUCUGCAAAAGAGCAGCAGCUUCUCACAAGGAGAAGCCGAGCCCCGGGGCCGGCACCGCCGUGCUGGGGCUCCCCUGGAGAUCCCGGUGGCCAAGCUUGGCGCCCGCAGGUUACAGGAGUCGCCCUCCUUGUCUGCUCUCAGUGAGGCCCAGCCAUCCAGCCCCUCACGGCCCAGCGGGCCCAAACCAAGUGCCCCCAAGUCUGAAGAGCUGCCUGCUGCCACUCCCAGUGCGGCCCCGAAGCCCUCAGCAUCCCAGCCCGCCCUAGAGAAGCCCCCAGAGCCCACGCCCAAACCAGCCCAAUCCCCCAAGCCCGCACCGCCCUCUGUGGCCCUGCAAGCCCCAGCGCUGCCCAGCACCCCUUACGCCCAGAUUAUACAGUCGCUCCAGCUGUCGGGUUACUCCCAGGCUUCCCAGCAGGGCCCUGCCGCGCCUCUGUCAGAGCCCAAGCCCCAUGCGGCUGUGUUCGCCAGGGUAGCUUCCCCACCCCUGGGAGCCCCCGAGAAGCCCGUGCCUUCAGCUGGGGCUCCCCCAGUGCUAGCGGAGAAAGCCCGGGUCCCCACGGUGCCCCCGAGGCUGCGCCGGGCCACGUCGGAGGGCGAGAGUCUGCGGCGCCUGGGCCUCCCGCACAAUCAGCUGGCCGCCCAGACCGGUGCCACCACGCCUUCCGCCGAGUCUCUGGGCUCCGAGGCCAGUGCCACAUCUGGCUCAUCUGCUCCUGGGGAAAGCCGAAGCCGACUGCGGUGGGGCUUCUCACGGCUGCGAAAGGACAAGGGGUUGUCACAGCCAAACCUCUCCGGCAGCAUCCAGGAGGACUUGGGCCACCAGUACGUGCCCAGCGAGUCAGACUUCCCCCCAGUCUUCCACAUCAAACUCAAGGACCAGGUGCUGCUGGAGGGGGAGGCAGCCACCCUGCUUUGUCUGCCAGCGGCCUGCCCUGCACCCCGCAUCUCCUGGAUGAAAGACAAGCAGUCCCUGCGGUCAGAGCCCUCCGUGAUCAUCGUGUCCUGCAAGGAUGGACGGCAGCUGCUCAGCAUCCCCCGGGCGGGCAAACGGCAUGCUGGGCUCUACGAGUGCUCGGCCACCAACGUCCUAGGCAGCAUCACCAGCUCCUGCACUGUGGCCGUGGCCCGUGUCCCAGGAAAGUUAGCUCCUCCCGAGGUCCCCCAGACCUACCAGGACACAGCGCUGGUGCUGUGGAAGCCAGGAGACAGCCGGGCACCUUGUACCUACACACUGGAGCGGCGGGUGGACGGGGAGUCUGUCUGGCACCCAGUGAGCUCAGGCAUCCCCGACUGUUACUACAAUGUGACCCACCUGCCAGUCGGCAUGACCGUGAGGUUCCGUGUGGCCUGUGCCAAUCGGGCCGGGCAGGGGCCCUUCAGCAAUCCUUCUGAGAAGGUCUUCGUCAGAAGCACGCAAGAUUCUUCAGUUUCGCCACCCGCUGCUCACCAAGCCUCCCCUAUUACCUCAGGCCCAAUCAGGGCCCCGCCCCCUGACUCUCCUACCUCACAGGCCCUGCCCCCAGCUCCUGCCCCAUCGGCCCCCCAGUCAGCUGCUCUUAGCCCCUCAUCUUCCUCCAUGCCCCCCAGCCAGGCCUUGUCCUCACUCAAGGCUGUGGGUCCACCACCCCAAACCCCUCCACGAAAGCACAGGGCUCUGCAGGCCACCCGGCCAGCUGAGCCCACCCCAGCCAGUGCACAGAUCACUCCAAGUGAACCCACAUCUUUCUUCCCCGACACGGAGACCCCAGCCCCAGCCUCUACCCCUCAAGGGGCUAAACCAGUGUCUUCCUCUACUCCCCUGUAUAUGGUGACUUCCUUUGUGUCCCCACCACCAGCCCCUGAGCCCCCAGCCCCUGAGCCCCCUCCCGAGCCCACCAAGGUGACUGUGCGGAGCCUCAGCCCAGAAGUGGUCAGCUCCCCUGGGGGUGGCCGCCCCACCUCUCCGAAGCCAGAGGGCACCAGUCUUCGACAGGGCCCCCCUCAGAAACCCUACACCUUCCUGGAGGAGAAGGCGAGGGGCCGAUUUGGUGUCGUACGAGCAUGUCGGGAGAAUGCCACGGGGCGAACGUUCGUGGCCAAGAUUGUGCCCUAUGCGGCUGAGGGCAAGCGGCGCGUCCUCCAGGAAUACGAAGUGCUGCGGACGCUGCACCACGAACGGCUCAUGUGCCUGCACGAGGCCUAUAUCACCCCUCGGUACCUCGUGCUCAUUGCCGAGAGCUGUGGCAACCGGGAACUCCUCUGUGGGCUCAGCGACAGGUUCCGGUAUUCCGAAGAUGACGUGGCCACCUACGUGGUGCAGCUGCUACAGGGCCUGGACUACCUCCAUGGCCGCCACGUGUUACACCUGGACAUCAAGCCGGACAACCUACUGCUAGCACCCGACAACGCCCUCAAGAUUGUGGACUUCGGCAGUGCCCAGCCCUACAACCCCCAGGCACUGCGGCCCCUUGGCCACCGCACGGGCACACUGGAGUUCAUGGCUCCUGAGAUGGUGAAGGGAGAACCCAUUGGCUCUGCCACGGACAUCUGGGGAGCCGGUGUGCUCACCUACAUCAUGCUCAGUGGACGCUCCCCGUUCUAUGAGCCAGACCCCCAGGAAACAGAGGCUCGGAUUGUGGGGGGCCGCUUUGAUGCCUUCCAGCUGUACCCCAACACAUCCCAGAGUGCCACCCUCUUCUUGCGAAAGGUCCUCUCAGUACAUCCCUGGAGCCGGCCCUCCCUGCAGGACUGCCUGGCCCACCCAUGGCUGCAGGACCGCUACCUGAUGAAGACACUCACCUUUACCACCAACCGGCUCAAGGAGUUCCUGGGUGAGCAGAGGCGCCGCAGGGCCGAGGCCGCCACCCGCCACAAGGUGCUGCUCCGCUCCUACCCUGGCAGCCCCUAGCAGCAUGGACCACAGCCUGGCCUUGGGCUUCCACUCGGGGUCCCCACGGAUGCGGGGGACAUUCCAGGGCCCACACUGAGCUGAGCGGGCCUGGGGCUUUGGAUACCACCAGCAGCAACACCUGGCCGGGCUAUUACCUCAUGGACCUGCUGGCACAGAGGCCCAGAACCCCAGCCUGAUGCCACCCCGGCCAGAUCCAGAGCAGGACACCUGUGGCCAGGCUGGGCAGGGGUGGGAACAGGAAGAUGGGCAAGAAGGGAAUGGGGAAGUGAAGAGGAAAAGAAGCCGAGGGUUGGGGGGAGACGCUAGGAAGGUUCUGGGCGUGGAGGGGACAGUGCAUCUCAGGGAGAACCAGGAGGGAGCGUGCGAAUGUCUAGAGAAGACGUAGAAGGAGCCCAGGGCAUUGAGGCAGCGGGCUGGGAGUGAGUGUCGGCGAAGCAGGGACAGGAUACCAGGCAGUGCCAGGGCACCACAGGGACCUGGACCUUGGAUGUGAGAAGAGGCAGUGAGGGGGGAAGGAGAGAAAAGAGGACAUGGGCGGGGGUGAGAGGGCGAGGGGAGGGGCCAGCUGCCGGCAUCCCCAGAGAAUGGGGAGAAUGCUGUCACUCAAGCUGGUUCUCUCCUUCGGUCCUAGUGGAUGCAGCUCUGGGCACGCUAUGCUGGCCCAAGGGUGUCCCCACCGCCCCUUCAUUGCCUUCACCCUUGUUCCCGUUCAUAUUUAUUUAUUUAUUGACUUUUAUGACGUUUUUCCUUCCAUCCAGUCCUUACUGCCUGUGUUGUCCUGACCCUCUCCCCCACCCCGGCCAUCCAGCUGUCUGUGCAGCUGUCUGUCUGUCUGUCACAAGGAAAAUAAAAACAGCAAGCAG